AUGACACCUUCAUUAUUGGCCAUCACCAACGACAACAAUCAGCCAACAAACCAAAAACAUAUUGCAGACAAAUAUCGGCUUCCCAAAUUAAUACGCAAAUAUGGCUAUCCCUCCGAAACGCAUACAGUUGUAACCAAGGAUGGUUAUAUACUGGAAAUGCAUCGCAUACCAAAGAAAGGAGCACAACCAGUGCUGCUAAUGCAUGGCAUUUUAGAUACCUCAGCUACAUGGGUGCUAAUGGGUCCCAAAUCAGGUUUGGGUUACAUGUUAUCCGACUUAGGUUAUGAUGUCUGGAUGGGUAACUCACGUGGUAAUCGUUAUUCGAAAAAUCACACUAGCCUUAAUAGUGAUUAUAUGGAAUUUUGGGAUUUUACAUUCCAUGAAAUGGGCAAAUAUGAUUUACCAGCAAAUAUUGAUUAUAUUUUAGCCAAGACCGGUUAUGAUCAACUGCACUAUGUGGGACAUUCACAGGGUACUGCUGUAUUUUGGGUUUUGUGCUCUGAGCAACCGCAGUAUACACAAAAGAUACUGUCCAUGCAUGCUUUAGCACCCAUAGCCUAUAUACAUGAUAUGAAAAGUCCGCUCUUCCGCACAUUGGUAUUAUUUUUAGAUUUUCUAACGGCUGCCACACGCAUGUUACGCAUCACGGAAUUUAUGCCAAAUACUAAAUUUCUUGUCGACCACAGCCAAGUGGUGUGUCACGACAACGCCAUGACACAGGAUGUUUGUUCCAACAUUCUCUUUUUGGUUGCUGGCUAUAAUUCUGAACAAUUGAAUAAGGUUUGUAUCAAGCAAUCACACGCACACUCUUGUUUCCAAUAUGUACUUAUGGUAUUUGUUUGUGGAUUUUAGUUAUAAGUGAAAAUG